AUGGCUUCCCACAAGGCCAAGAACCCCCUCGCGUUUACACCGUGGCCGGUGACAAUCGUCACGACAGCUGUGUAUCUUGCUCUUUUCAUUCCCUUGCUGGUGAUCCACCACAACGUCCCACCCGCGCCUCAAGCAACCCCGAACGGCUUGAACCUCACUGAGGCAUGGCAAGACCUCCAAAGCCUCACUAAAGGUUUCCACCCCUACAACUCACACCAAAACGAUGAGGUCCGCUCCUGGCUGCUCGAGCGCAUCAACGCGAUCCAGCAAUCUGCCCCGUCCGCCGACGCCUUCCGUGACACGAAAGAACAAAAGCCCGAUGUGUUCGUUUUUGACGACCUGGUCUCGAACCUGACAUUCGUGGACCGAAACGUUGGCGUCUACUUUGAAGGAACCAACAUCCUUGUUUAUAUCCGCGGCUCGGACGAUAAAAAAGAGAGUUGGUGGGAUAUUCCCGGCCGGUAUCCCGUCGGUAAAGGCGGUGUUCUAGUCAACGCCCAUUACGACAGUGUCUCAACCGGCUACGGUGCCACUGAUGACGGAGUCGGUGUUGUAACAUGCUUGCAGCUGGUCAAGUACUUCCUAACACCAGGCCACGCGCCGCGCCGUGGCUUGGUCGUUCUCUUCAACAAUGGCGAAGAGGACUACUUGAACGGUGCCCGCGCAUACAGUCAGCAUCCGAUGGCGAAAUUUGCCCAUACCUUCUUGAAUCUAGAGGGUGCCGGUGCUGGUGGACGCGCUACCCUGUUCCGCAGCACUGAUAAAGAAGUCACUCAGGCGUACGCGAAAUCGCCAUACCCAUUCGGCUCGGUGCUAAGCUCGAAUGGGUUUGACAAGGGCUUGAUUAGCAGCCAGACGGACUAUGUUGUUCUCGAUGGCAUUCUGGGCUUGCGCGGGUUGGACGUGGCUUUCUUCGAGCCUAGAGCCCGCUACCAUACUGAUCAGGAUGAUGCGCGGCAUACGAGUUUGGAUUCGCUUUGGCAUAUGCUAUCUGCUGCUGUCGCGACCACAGAGGAGCUUGUAUCUGAUGAUACCGAUCGGUUUGAUGGACAUCUUCGAGAUGAUGGAACCGUGCCGAGUGGCACUGGGACCCGGGCUGUUUGGUUCGAUCUUUUCGGAACUGCUUUUGCCGUUUUCCGUCUGCAUACGCUCUUUGCUUUGUCAGUCACUUUGCUGAUAGUGGCGCCCUUGACCUUGCUCGUCACCAGUGUGAUCCUGUCCAAGGCUGACAAGAUGUAUCUGUUCCGCUCCUCGGUUUAUUCUGAGAUUGGCGAUGACUAUGUCACACUUCGUGGUCUCCGAGGCUUCUUCCGGUUUCCGUUUUUGAUUGCGAUCCCUACAUCUGUGACUGUUGGAUUGGCCUACUUAGUCACAAAGGUUAACCCUCUGAUCGCCCACAGCAGCUCAUAUGCUGUUUGGAGCAUGAUGAUCUCGGCUUGGUUCUUCCUUGCUUGGUUCGUAUCCCGCGUCGCUGAUUUCGCCCGCCCAUCGGCUUUCCACCGGGUGUAUACCUGGACCUGGCUGUUUGUUCUGACUUGGUCUCUCAUGGUGAUCGCCACAGUCUACGAGCAUGAGGAGGGACUGGCUGGUGGGUAUUUCAUGUUGUUCUACUUUGCCGGCACUUUCCUGGCCACUUGGAUCUCAUACUUAGAGCUCUUCUCUCUCCCAACGAAGUCUAGCUACGCUAGCAAGUUUGGUGAUUCACGCCGGCCUAGUACCCAAGCCAGCCGGCUAGCCGCGUCGGGCGACGAGCACCAUGAAGAGGAAGCCGAAGAGGACCCGACUGAGUCUACGUCGCUGUUACACGGCCCACACCGACCCACUUUUGCAAACUAUGUUCGUGUUGGUGGAGACCAUGCGUCAGACGAUGAUGAAGAGGAGGAGAAAGAUCCCAAUGUUUAUGAGCAUGAACAGUCGUGGAGUGGCGCAAUGCCACGGUGGACGUGGAUAUUGCAGCUGCUACUAACAGCUCCUGUUAUUCUGAUGUUGAUCGUGCCUCUGGGUCUCAUCAUCACCGGAGCUCUCAACCAGACAGGACAGGAUGGCAGCCCUCAGCUGAUUGUCUAUAUUAUGACCGCCGGCCUCACCACACUGCUAUUCGCGCCCACAUUACCAUUUAUCCACCGCUACACUUACCACGUGCCCAUUUUCUUACUGCUCGUCUGCAUCGGCACCAUGAUUUACAGCCUCGUCGCCUUCCCAUUCGCGGAUUCUAAUCGCCUGAAGCUUUUCUUCUUGCAGGAAGUAGAUCUGGACAACGGUGUCUCCACUGCUUCAUUGACCGGCAUGUCUCCAUUCGUAAAGGAUGUUGUCUACGGGCUCCCCACAGCAGCAGGACAAGAGGAGGUAUGCAAAGGGGUCAAAAGAAGCAAUAAUGAGCUUCAGCGCUGCUCUUGGAAUGCACCACUGCCCCGUAUCAAUCUCAACGCAGACACUCUAUCUCUUGAUAGCAGCGAUGUGGAGCCAUCGGCGCAAGCCACCGAAAUUUCGGCUGAUUGGAUCACCUUCGGUAUCUCAUACCCGGAGCCUGGUACUCUUUCCGCUCGGUUCGAAUUAUCAGGCCAAAACACCAAAGCCUGUCGUAUCGACGUUGACAGCCACAGCUUCAACAACUUCACCGUAUCCGGAUCCUCUGCACCAGAUAGCCGCUUCAUUGACCCAUCUCCAGAAGGCUUGAAACAGAUACGACUCUGGAGCCGCACUUGGGACAACAGCUGGACUGUAGAUAUUGACUUCGCCAAGCAUGACUCCGACGCUGAUGAGGCCGAAACCACCGACGACUCCAUCACAGGUCGUAUCACCUGCAUGUGGAGCGAUAACAACCAGAUCGGCCUCAUCCCUGCCCUCGACGAGGUGAGGCAAUUCAGUCCAGCGUGGGUCGCUGUGACGAAGUUCUCGGAUGGUUUGAUCGAAGGCUCAAAGAAAUUCGAGAUCAAUCGGUCUGAGUUUGGGCUGUAA